AUGAUGAGCAAGCUGGACAGAGUUCUGCUCACCCAGAGGAAGUUUAUCUAUCACUAUAAGAACGUACGCUGGGCACGAGGGAGGCACGAGACUUACCUUUGCUUCGUGGUGAAGAAGCGAAACGGCCCGGACUCGCUCUCCUUCGACUUCGGGCACCUGCGCAAUCGCAACGGAUGCCACGUGGAGCUUGUCUUCCUGCGCUACAUCGGGGUUCUGUGCCCAGGCCUGUGGGGUUCGGGUGUGGACGGAGUGAGGGCGAGCUACGCCGUGACCUGGUUCUGCUCGUGGUCGCCCUGCUCUAACUGCGCCCAGCGCCUGACCAACUUCCUGUCCCGGACGCCCAACCUGCGGCUCCGCAUCUUCGUCGCCCGCCUCUAUUUUUGCGACGAGGAGGACAGUCUGGAAAGAGAGGGGCUUCGGCACCUACUGAGGGCAGGGGUGCAAGUAACUGUCAUGACCUAUAAAGACUUUUUCUACUGCUGGCAGACGUUUGUGGCUCGCAGGGAGAGGUGUUUUAAAGCCUGGGAGGGCCUUCGGCAGAACUCCGUCAGACUGUCCCGCAAACUCAACCGCAUCCUUCAGCCUUGUCAGACUGAAGAUUUGAGGGACGUCUUCGCUCUGUUGGGUCUCUGA